CAUCUGAAUAACAUGUGGAUGUGUUUUGAUUUUCAUUAGCUGACGCGAAAUGUGUGUUUUGAUAGGCUUUUGACGCUGUUUUCUCUGGUUUAGCCUAAUAACUUUUGAUCGAAAGUAUUAAAUAAAGUGUAGUGAAGAAGUGUUCAAUGCAAAUAUGAAGUUUGCAUACAAGUUUCAGAAUCUGCUGGGCACAGUGUACCGGAAGGGGAAUCUUCAGUUCACACCUGACGGGAAUUCUGUGAUAAGCCCCGUGGGCAAUAGGAUAACCAUCUACGAUCUCAAGAACAACAAAGUCAAGUCUCUAUCCUUGGAGAGUCGAUUCAACUACACAGCAAUUGAUAUCUCUCCCAAUGGAGCCAUUCUGCUGGCUGUCAAUGAGAUUGGCGAGGCGCAGAUGAUCAGCACAGUUUCUUUCUCCGUUAUUUGCACUCACAAGUUCUCCAGUGGCGUUUCUGGGCUGAAAUUCAGCCCGGAUGGGAAGUACUUCGCCGUGUGCAUGCAGAACGUGCUGUUCAUCUACAAGACGCCGGGACAGUUGACGGGCGAGUAUGGAUCGUUCGUGCUGAAGAUGCUCUUCAGGAAUGCCCACGACGACUUGACGUGCGUGGAUUGGUCUUCGGACUCUCGAGUGGUGCUUGUGGGAUCGAAGGACAACUGCACUCGGAUUUACGGAGUGGAGAAGUUCACACGCUUCCGGACAGUCGUGCUGGGCGGUCACACAGACGCUAUUGUUGGUGGUUUCUUCGAAGACAAGAGUCUCCACAUGAACAGCGUGAGCAGAAAUGGUCAGCUUUGCGUGUGGGAAGCUAAUCUCGGUCUGAAGGAUCUCGUGACGUCCGAUGAGAAGGCAAAGGAACCCAGAGAGAAGCGUCAGCGUCAAGCAGAUGAUGAUGAGGAUGAGUUUGACGAAGAGAAAGACGUUGAGCUGGAGAAGGAGUCUGCAGCCACAGAAGUGUUGCCGGAGGGAAGCGCAGGAGACGAUGAGGAGCGUGACAAACUGGGAAAGGUUAUUCCACGGCAGUCAGAGGCAACGAAGCAGGACAACAUGAAGAUCAAGUACACGAGAGUCUUGCGAUUCUACCUCGCUGAUGAGGCGCGAAAGACUUCUCCUCAGGCUGUUCUCACGGCUUCGGCGUACCACAGAAGGACGAAGAUUCUCGUGUCGGCCUUCUCGUCGGGCGCUUUCUUCCUCCACGAGCUGCCCGAGGUGAAUCUCAUCCACUCGCUCAACAUCUCCGACUACCAAAUCGACACGGCGACGUUCAACAACACCGGCGACUGGGUGGCUCUGGGCGUCGCCGGCGUGGGACAGCUGCUGGUGUGGGAGUGGCAGAGUGAGAACUACGUGAUGAAGCAGCAGGGUCACUCCAGCGACAUGACGUGCCUCACUUACUCCCCGGACGGCCAAUUCGUGGCCACGGGUGGCGACGAUGGCAAGGUGAAGUUGUGGAAUCUGCACACGGGCUUCUGCUUCGCCACCUUCAGUGACCACGCGGCGCCCAUCACGGCGGUGGAGUUCAGCCGGAACAAGAAGUUCAUCGUCAGCGCAUCGCUGGAUGGAACGGUGAGGGCUUUCGAUAUGAUGCGCCACAGGAACUUCCGCACCUUCACAACGCCACAGCCGACGCAGUUCUCCAGCGUGGCGCUGGAUUGCUCGGGAGAACUCGUGGCGGCCGGCAGUCAGGAUGUGUUUGAGAUUUAUCUGUGGUCGGUGAAGUUGGGCAAACUGCUCGAGGUCCUGAGUGGUCAUGAGGCGCCUGUGAUGGCGCUCGCUUUCUCGCCAAAUCCCACAUCGUCGACACUUGUGUCUGGAUCGUGGGACAAAACGCUGAAGGUGUGGAAUUGCCUGGAGAGCACGAGUGAUCAUGAGUCCAUUGAUCUCAUGUCGGACGUCGUGGCGGUGGCUUUUCAUCCGGGUGGCGAGGAAGUGGCCGCAGCCACUCUCAACGGCAACAUCUCUGUCUUCCACGCCAAGAGUGCACAGCAAGUGGCCCUGAUUGAGGGUCGCAAUGACCUGGGCAGUGGCGUUUCCGAGGUGGAUGUCGUCACGGCGAAGAAGAACUUGCAAGGAAAGUGCUUCACCACAAUUUCCUACUCCGCUGACGGCGAUUGCAUCCUUGCGGCUGGCAAGUCCAAGAACAUUUGCAUCUAUCACGUGAAGGAGGACAUGCUGUUGCGGAAAUUCGAGGUGACACAGAAUCAGAGCCUCGACGGACUGAGUGAUUUCCUCAAUCGUCGCAAUGUGACGGAGUUUGGCAACUUGGCCCUCGUGGAGCGCCGUGAACCGCUCGAGGGUGGCAAUGUGGCCGUUCGGCUGGCCGGCGUGCAGCACGGCGACAUGGCCGCGCGGAGCUUCAAGCCGGAAUUCCGCGUGACGUGCGUUCGCUUCUCGCCCACGGGCAUCUCAUGGGCGGCCGCGUGCACGGAGGGCCUCAUGGUGUAUGCGCUGGACAAGGGAAUUGUCUUCGAUCCCUACCACCUGUCGCAGGAAGUCACGCCGAAGGCGACGCGCGAGUUGCUGCAGCGUCAGGAGUUCUCCAGGGCGCUCAUCAUGGCGCUGAAGCUCAACGAGACGCCACUAAUCCAUCAGGUGAUCGAAUCUGUGCCGCUAAAAGACGUGAAGUUGGUGGUGAAGAGCCUGCCGGAGGAGUUUGGUGAGCGUCUGGGUGAGAUUGUGGCUCAGCUGCUGACCAACACGCCACACGUUCAAUUCCAUCUGCAGUGGGCAUGCGAAGUGAUCACGUUCUUCGGGCCGAAGGAGAAUGUCCUGCCACAUCACGCUCUUCUCGCGUUACACCAGAGUCUCUCGCGGAAAUACGAGACACUGUCGAAAGUAUGUGAUUUCAACAGAUACACAAUCAGAGUCCUUAAAUCCGUGGCGGACGCUCGUGUGGCGGCAGAGCAGGAAGUUCCUGUGUCUGAGGAUGAUGAGAUGAUGAUGUCGAUGGCUGAAAGGGAGGCGGAGGACGUGGAAGAAGACGAAAUUGCCGACGAGGAGGACGAAGAAGUUUCGGAUUGAGUGGGUGGCGCGCGCGCAGGAGAGGAAGAAAGAUAACAAAAGGAGAGAGAGAGAGAGGAGAAGAGAGAUUUAUGGGAAGAAAGUGGCUGAAUUUGCGGCGUUCGGCACCAUUGAGAAAGGCGACAUUGUGGUCUCUAUUCACAGGAGAGUAAAAUGUACAAUAUAUAAUGUUAAUUCUUUAGUGGUUUUUUUCUUUCUUUUAAAUCCUCAUUAAAAUAGAUCUUACUUCACAUCUGAAAAUAUCUGCUCAUUUCUUUGAAAAUAUGCUUCAACAACAACAUCUUGUCAAUCUCGCGUGUGAUAGCGGCAAAAAUAUAGUUGAAUUUCUUCGUUAUCACAAAAUUUAUCUAUAUAUGGAGGAAAUCUACAGCAUCUCAUGUACUUUCACAAUUUUUCCUUUUUCUCCUUUUCGAUGUGGCAAUGGCUGGGCUCUUGAGAGGCUCGAAUUGAGGCUGUUGGCCGAAGAACAGGGACUGUAAUUUAUACUUUUACAUUGGAUAGAGUGUGGAUUUUGUGGGGCGAGUCGUUCGUCUCGAAUGUCCCGCCAAAUUAUAAAUGGAUAAAAUAAUAAGGAGAGAUUCUUCGGGCCUCGAUGUGUGCAGAAAAUGUUCUUCAUUUUAAUGGCCUAGCUAAUGCGGAGCUUUUCCAUUUCCUAACUAGUAAUUAUUAUCAUAAGCACCAUAUUUUAUCAUCUUAUCAAUAUUAAUUAUUGGGUAUUGUAUGACAUUACUCAAUAUAUUUUUUACUUUUUGCGCCAUUUUCUGAGGCAUUUCUUGAGUGCUCGUGAGUGGCGACAGAAUGAAAUGUGUUUGAAAGGGACAAUGCGACUCCUUGGAAGUUUUGAAAAUCUUCUCUUGCGUCCUCUUCGCGUGUCUGAUUCUUCUUUCAUGUUCUUUAAUGCUAAUUAAAGAUAAUUUUAUAUAUAAAUUUUGAAGGCAACCUCGUUUGUAGGUAUUUAAUUUCGCUAUAAUAGAUUAUAUUCUCGCACUGUUUAUAGUUUUUCUUCUCUCUUAUCUCCAAAUCUGUCUCACUUUCCUUCCCAUUUAUGUGGCGUUCUUGUGUGUGUGUGUGUGUGUGUGUUUUCGUUGAGUUGCGAGGGGAGAAAGAAGGUGUAAUUAAUUGAGUUG